AUGGGUGAAGAAAUGCCGGAUGCAAAGAGGGAUGUUGCCGUCUACGAAGCCCUACGUGACAAUGUACUUCGCAAGUACAAUCGCCGUUUCCAGGAAGCCCUUUCUUUAGAAGGUUCGAAACCUCUCCAUUCUGGCAGACAUGAUCCAAGCAUGCUUGGUUCUUCUAUCUCCUCAUCAUCACUAUCAAAUGAGCAGCUUCAUCAACACCAUGAUUCUGCCUUCCUUGGUAUCCCGGGCUCAUAUACUAGUGUUCACGAUGCUAUCACUCAAUAUCCUAAUGCUGAGAUAAACCCUUCUACAUCGGAUGCUACUACUUUUACUUGGGACCUCUGCAACGACGAUACUCUAUGGAAUAUGGAAGCUGGACUAAAUGAGUAUGCUUACGGAGAUCCGCCUGCUACACUGUAUUCAGACGAUCCAUUUGACCUACACAUGUUCCAAUAA